AUGGCCAGAAGUCCGCCGCAGCAUCAGCCGCAGCACGACCUCAAGGAGGGAGGCGGCGGCGGCGGCGACCCGCGGCUGGGACCGCUGUGCGACCUGCCGCCCCCGCAGCCUCCACAGCCGCCACCCCCGCCGCCCCCGGGCCUGUCGCAGCCCGGGCAGGCGCCGCCCCCGGGCAGUGGCGCGCCCGCCGCCUCUGACGGCGACAAGCCCGCCAAACAGAAGCGCCACCGCACGCGCUUCACGCCGGCGCAGCUCAACGAGCUGGAGCGCUGCUUCUCCAAGACUCACUACCCCGACAUCUUCAUGCGCGAGGAGAUCGCCAUGCGCAUCGGGCUCACCGAGUCCAGGGUGCAGGUGUGGUUCCAGAACAGGCGCGCUAAGUGGAAGAAGCGCAAGAAGACGACGAACGUGUUCCGCACGCCGGGCGCUCUGCUGCCCUCCCACGGCCUGCCGCCAUUCGGCGCCAUGUCGGACGGGCUCUGUUCGCCAGGCAUGUUCACCGGGGACUCGCGCUGGGGCGUCUCCAGCAUGGCGCCAGGACUGGGCCAGCUGUCUCAAGGCGGUGUCUCCAUGGGCAGCUUCGGGCAGUCGAUAGGCCAGCUCAACCAGGGCUCGCCACUCGCGUCGGGCCUCAACUCGGGGCUGCCCAUCGCGUCCAGCAUGGCGUCCAACGGCUCCACCGUCUACCAGGCCCACUACGGCCUCAACACGCUGGAUCCGGUCUUCUACGGGCACGAAGGCAAUGACGCCCUCAACUGAGAGCCAGCGCCGUGGCUAGUGCGCCGGUUCGACUAGCG